AUGGCUCAGCACGCGGAGCCGAUGGAUAUAGACGACGAAGGCGUUUUUGAUAAUAAGGAGAACACAUAUCAACACAGCAAUGUGCUCCCAAAGACUCCUUCCACUGAGAAAGGAUAUGAGGAGCUGGAUGUCUCCGAGCUCAACAUGAAACUGAGCUCAUCUUCUUCUACGGCUCAAACUCCUGAAGCAACCACACCAACAAAAGACAUACCGAAGCAUGAUGGUGGUUCCCCAAUCAUGAGAGGGCUGAAGUCUGUGUUAAGUAUGUUUAGAUCCUCACAGAGCCCCAUACCACCUGAAGAAGGUGAUCCCAAGGCAUUACAGCCUAUAAGUCCCGCUGAUGUACCGCUACCAGAGUCUAAGCCUACAGCCGUUGCAUCAACCCCGAAGAUUGACAUUCCUUUACCAAAUGAUGAUGAUAUUAAUGAUAAUUUUGAUGAAAAUGUUUGUAAUGAUUUGCAAGAUAUAGAUGCACUUAUUGCUAGCACCUCUCAAAAUGUGCUGAUGGCAGCCCUCAAUAAAUCUAUUGUUGAGGCAGCCCCUGAUGUCCAACAUAAGCAAUAUGAACCACAAAAUAAUGAUAUCCCUUGUCAAACCAAUUUAUUACCUAGUGAUGUUCCAUUAACCUAUAAAGAUGAAGAAGAUUCAGUAAAAUCUAAUAUUCCGCACAAAGCUAUUACUGCUGUUAUUGAUCCUGCAUCGUCGCCAGUUAUUGAUGAACCUGAUACUUCAAUUACUAAUGUUAUUAAUGACAUAGUCAAUAUACCCAUUAUUGACUCAGCUGCUGACAUACCUGGUGAAGAAACAAAAACUGGAAACUUAAAAACUGAUGAUGCCAGUCUGCCAAGUGUUUCUCCCGGUGUCACCCCACUAGCUAUUAUAGAUGACAGCACUCCAAAUGCUAAACAACAUUUAGAACAACAGCUUGAAAACAGUACAAUGAAAAGUGAAACAAGUACUGAAUGUGCUGUUGUCAAAUCAGUAGAUAUUGAUAGUGUUGAAAGCGAAAUAAUUGCUGUUGCCAUUGUAAACACAAUGCCGGAUUCAGCUAAACCAGAAGAAGAACACAUGGAAAUAUCUUUUGUUGAAGUGCCACCUUAUCCUAACGAAAAAGAGGUGCGCGACAGCAAGGACAAUAUCCUUCUUCCACAUAAACCAGAAGGCUCUAACACUACAAUUAAUUUAGAUUCUACUCACAGGGCUGAAAGUACCGUGGGAUGUGAAGAAAAAAUAGACGAAGAAAUUAUUUUAUCAGAGAGCAAUAGUCCAUUUGUAUCAAUGUCAGCUGAAGAAGAAUUUGGUCCUGGAUCGAAAAAAGAUGAUUUUGAAGAGAUUGAGAAUCCAUUUCCGACAGACUCGAAAGUGGCCCGGUCACCGCCGAUAUCUCCUAAAAUUGUUUCUAAAGGAUAUAAUUUUAACUUUGAUGACAUUGAUAAUAUCAAUCCUUUUGCUACCAAAACUAAAAUUAAAAUGUCACCACCACCUGGUGCUUCUCCAAACGAUUCACUUAAUACAGAUAAGCUUAACAAAACUGAAAUCAUUGAGCCUGUAAAGAGUGAAAAGAAUAUCAAUAGAAGAAAAUCGAUGCCAGAAAGAAAGAAGCCUUUAAAAGCUAAGAGGCAUUUGAAUUCUAGUGUAGAUAGUACAGAAAAGGCUUCACCAAAGGCAACCCCAUUUAAAAACGAUGAACUCAAAAACCCGGCUACAAUUAAAAUUGACCAGAAACAGUCAGAGUUAAGUCAACCAGAAUUAAACCAAUAUGAUAUCAGCACCAUUACUCAUGUAAAGGAAGAGGUCAAUAAUGAAAUUUUAUCAUCUGAAAUCACGACGCACGAAGACAACGUUUCAAAAGAACCUCCAAGUUUAGACCAUCCCAAAGAUGUCACAUCCAUAGCAAGCGUGAUAUCAGAAGUUAAAACAAAUUUAACACAAAACAACGAAGCUAAAGUAGUUGAAGAAGUGGUUAAGACUUCCAGUGAUAAAUCACCAGCAAAUUCUGAUACAUCUUCUUCAGAGCAAUCUACAUAUUUGUCUACAGCCGCGUCAUCUACCGAACUGACAGAAUCGAAAAACGUAUUCAAUUUGCCUGAAUUAGAUGGUUCUAAUCCAUUUGCAACUAAAUCAAAAAUACGCCAGUCACCGCCGAAAGAUUUCGAUAUGGAUAAUCCGUUUGCCACUAAAAGUAAAAUUAAGUCCUCUCCAGAAACAUCAUUAAUUGUAACCAAGAACGUUAGUAAUGAUACUGUCACUAUAGAUUACGAAGAGGACUUAAAAGAAGUGAAUUGCAGUGUAUCAUCUAAGACAAGUGACGAAAAGGACGUCACAGUCCAUGAGGUUCACACUGAAGAUGAAGAUACUCUAGAAGGACCCUUCCUCGAAGCCGACGAAGGCAAUGAAGGAAACAUACCCGAACUUCCCGAAGAUAAAGUAGACGUAGUAGAUUUUGAUAAUAUGCAUCAGCCAGAUAACGAUGAUGCCGCGGAAAUGUUUAUAGACGCAGAAGCUUUUGAAUUUUUGAUGAACCAAAAUAAAACUGAUGAGGUAGCUUACAGCGGAAAAGAGAGCUUAUUCCUCAAGUUUGAUCCACUUUUUGCAAGAAGGGUUACGUCAGAAGGUGUGGCAGCUACUUUAAAUGAUAUAAAAAGAAAGCAGAUUACUCCUAAAAAAGCUCCGAGGAAGGUACCUCCUAAGGAAGUUGAACUUUUGUCAUUUGAGAAGCCUGUCGCUAGUUCUUCAGAUCUAAAUGGUACAUAUGACGCACAAAGUGUAAUCGAGGAAAGGUCCGAUGAAAUGAACGUCACAGUAUCAAAGCCGAUGUUGGCCGUCACGCCAGCUGUCAAUCCGGUUGUAACGCCCAGAAAAUCUUUAACACCUAAUAGAUCAAACAGGCUUUCCAUGACGUUUACUUCACCAGCCAUGGCUGUCAUUGAUAGGCUUCUUUCGCUAAGCGGAAAUAGCCCGUCUGCAGGCCUAGAUGCGACCGUUACACACGUAGGCAGAGCACACAGUGAGACAGACCAAGCUCUUACUCAACUUAGAGAACUGUUAGCUGAAAAGGAAAUACACGUGUACAACUUGAGAUGUGAAACUAAGGAACUGAAAGAUAGAUUAUCAACUUUAGAAACUCAGAUGAAAUCUUUAGAAGCGGAAGGUGCGGAGAGAUUAAAAAAAGUUAAUGAAUUAAAUGAGAAUCUGGCUGAAAAGACUAAAAUGAACAGGAACAUGGCGGCAGUGGUAGAAGAGUACGAACGGACCAUCGCUAGUUUAAUAUCUGAAACUGAACAAGACAAGAAACGGUACGCUGAGGAACGCAACCAGCUUAUUAGAGAUAGGGACGAGCAGACGGCGCAUCUGGCCAGCAUGGAGGUCUCCUUCAACGACCUCCACAGCAAAUACGAAAAGAGCAAACAAGUGAUAUUGGGUUAUAAAACAAAUGAGGAAGCAUAUAAAAAGUCUAUAGAAGAAUUCGAGGGGAAUCUCGCCAAAAUGCACACGAAUUAUGAGAUGCUCAAACAGCACGCGACUUCGAAGCUUAAUCACGCGAACCAGGAAUUAGAGAAGAUUAAUAAAGCUCACGAGAGCGAAAUUUUGAAAUUCAACGCUAUGCUGAAGCGUAAAGAGGUUCACAUCACGUCACUGGAAGAAAGCCUCGCGCAGAAAACCAAAGCGAACGAGGAACUGACGGCCAUAUGCGACGAACUCAUCAACAAAGUCGGUUGA